UGUCCUGAGUCGAGUCUCCCAAGGUGAGGACUCCUGGGAGGCCGUCAUUGGCACCAUGGCAGAAGCUGGCAGCCCUGUUGGUGGCAGUGGUGUGGCACGGGAAUCCCGGCGGCGCAGGAAGAUGGUUUGGCAGGCCUGGCAAGAGCAGGCCCUGCUAUCAACUUUUAAGGAGAAGAGAUACCUGAGCUUCAAGGAGAGGAAGGAGCUGGCCAAGGGAAUGGGGGUCUCAGAUUGCCGCAUCCGCGUGUGGUUUCAGAACCGCAGGAAUCGCAGUGGAGAGGAGGGGCAUGCCUCAAAGAGGUCCAUCAGAGGCUCCAGGCGGCUAGCCUCGCCACAGCUCCAGGAAGAGCUUGGAUCCAGGCCACAGGGUAGAGGCAUGCGCUCAUCUGGCAGAAGGCCUCGCACUCGACUCACCUCGCUACAGCGCAGGAUCCUAGGGCAAGCCUUUGAGAGGAACCCACGACCAGGCUUUGCUACCAGGGAGGAGCUGGCGCGUGACACAGGGUUGCCCGAGGACACGAUCCACAUAUGGUUUCAAAACCGAAGAGCUCGGUGGCGCCACAGGAGGGGCAGGCCCACAGCUCAAGAUCAAGACUUGCUGGCGUCACAAGGGUCGGAUGGGGCCCCUGCAGGUCCGGAAGGCAGAGAGCGUGAAGGUGCCCAGGAGAGCUUGUUGCCACAGGAAGAAGCAGGAAGUACGGGCAUGGAUACCUCGAGCCCUAGCGACUUGCCCUCCUCCUGCGGAGAGUCCCAGCCUUUCCAAGUGGCACAGCCCCGUGGAGCAGUCCAACAAGAGGCCCCCACUCAAGCAGGCAACGCAGGCUCUAUGGAACCCCUCCUUGAUCAGCUGCUGGAUGAAGUCCAAGUAGAAGAGCCUGCUCCAGCCCCUCUGAAUUUGGAUGGAGACCCUGGUGGCAGGGUGCAUGAAGGUUCCCAGGAGAGCUUUUGGCCACAGGAAGAAGCAGGAAGUACAGGCCUGGAUACUUCAAGCCCCAGCGACUCAAACUCCUUCUGCAGAGAGUCCCAGCCUUCCCAAGUGGCACAGCCCCGUGGAGCGGGCCAAGAAGAUGCCCGCACUCAAGCAGACAGCACAGGCCCUCUGGAACUCCUCCUCCUUGAUCAACUGCUGGACGAAGUCCAAAAGGAAGAGCAUGUGCCAGCCCCACUGGAUUCGGGUAGAAAUUCUGGCAGCUGGGAGCAUGAAGGUUCCCAGGAUAGCUUACUGCCCCUGGAGGAAGCAGCAAAUUCGGGCAUGGAUACCUCGAUCCCUAGCAUCUGGCCAACCUUCUGCAGAGAAUCCCAGCCUCCCCAAGUGGCACAGCCCUCUGGACCAGGCCAAGCACAGGCCCCCACUCAAGGUGGGAACACGGACCCCCUGGAGCUCUUGCUCUAUCAACUGUUGGAUGAAGUCCAAUUAGAAGAGCAUGCUCCAGCCCCUCUGAAUUGGAAUGUAGAUCCUGGUGGCAGAGUGCAUGAAGGUUCAAGGGAGAGCGUUUGGCCACAGGAAGAAGCAGGAAGUACAGGCCUGGAUACUUCAAGCCCCAGCGACUCAAACUCCUUCUGCAGAGAGUCUCAGCCUUCCCAAGUGGCACAGCCCUGUGGAGUGGGCCAAGAAGAUGCCCGCACUCAAGCAGACAGCACAGGCCCUCUGGAACUCCUCCUCCUUGAUCAACUGCUGGACGAAGUCCAAAAGGAAGAGCAUGUGCCAGCCCCACUGGAUUGGGGUAGAAAUCCUGGCAGCAGGGAGCAUGAAGGUUCCCAGGACAGCUUACUGCCCCUGGAGGAAGCAGCAAAUUCGGGCAUGGAUACCUCGAUCCCUAGCAUCUGGCCAACCUUCUGCAGAGAAUCCCAGCCUCCCCAAGUGGCACAGCCCUCUGGACCAGGCCAAGCACAGGCCCCCACUCAAGGUGGGAACACGGACCCUCUGGAGCUCUUCCUUGAUCAACUGUUGACCGAAGUCCAACUUGAGGAGCAGGGGCCUGCCCCUGUGAAUGUGGAGGAAACAUGGGAGCAAAUGGACACAACACCUGAUCUGCCUCUCACUCCAGAAGAAUAUCAGACUCUUCUAGAUAUGCUCUGACUCCCCGACAGUACCUCUUGCUUCUAGAAACCCGAGAGGCCAAAGUCCUGAAGAGACCCGAUUUGGAACUGGAGAAGUGACCCAUCCCAGCAAGGAUGUGCAUCAAAAACCCAACUCCAGUGACUUCCCGGAAUGCAAGGUGUCUCGCUAACUAUAAGGAUUGAUUGCAGGUGGGGAUAAUAAUGAAGUGCCUUCUCCAGGGCCCGGGGAUUAGGAAAUCAGCCCUGAAAGUGAGAGACUCUGCUACAGGGACAGAUGGAGAGGCCAAUAGUGACUCCUCAACAACAAGGAGCCUAAAGAUAACCCCAAAAGAAGGGUCACACCAAGUGACUGGCUCCAGUGGACCCCAGGAAAUCCCACGGGACACUAGGACUAGGCUUCACUACAGAGGACACACACUCCCUGAGGGCAAUGGGGAGAGUGGACUCCUUCCUUGGCUUAUAUGGACUGCUCUUAUCCUUACAGAUGGUUCGUGCAGAGCUGUGCAAGGUUUUACAGGCCAGUCUUUUAAUAUCUACUACCCAUAGGUCUUUUGUUUGUUUUCUUUUUCUUUUUCACUUUCUUUUUCA